CGCCAAAUCUACAUCUCGUCAACUCUGCUUGCAUGAAAGAAUACCGCCUCGCCGUAUGGGCUCGCGCGUCAAAGGUCGUUCAAAAUUUGAGCACCGCUAGAGCAGGCGUGAGGUGUGAAUUAUGUUCGGCUCCUAAAAUUAUAAACGCACACUUCUGCGCCAUCAAUCACGAAAAAGCUUCCCUUUCAUCCGCCACGACCAAUUCUUCCACACAACUACCCGCCAAAAACUACUCGGCCGCAGACAUGUGUGUCGCGGGUUCCGCCCGUUUAGAUGGAAAGCGUGGCACAAACUGCGCCUCAACGUGGC